GUGGUAGUGGGCCCAGGCGGAAGCAGGAAGCGGUGGAGUGGGGCCACUCCCGUGGCGGUGCAGACCGUAGGGCCAUGGCGGAGAAGUUCGACCACCUGGAGGAGCACCUGGAGAAGUUCGUGGAGAAUAUCCGGCAGCUCGGCAUCAUCGUCAGCGACUUCCAGCCCAGCAGCCAGGCUGGGCUCAACCAAAAACUGAAUUUUAUUGUGACUGGCUUACAGGAUAUUGAUAAGUGCAGACAGCAACUUCAUGAUAUUACUGUACCUUUAGAAGUUUUUGAAUAUAUAGAUCAAGGUCGAAACCCACAGCUCUACACCAAAGAGUGCCUGGAGAGGGCCCUAGCGAAAAAUGAACAAGUUAAAGGCAAGAUUGACACGAUGAAGAAAUUUAAAAGCCUGUUGAUUCAAGAACUUUCUAAAGUGUUUCCAGAAGACAUGGCGAAAUACCGAAGCAUCCGAGGGGAGGACCACCCCCCUUCCUAACUUCAUCCUCCCUCUGUCUGAAGAUCCUUCUAGUCCUGUUUGCAUCGCUGUGACCUUCAGGCAGCCUGUGCGUGAGUGUCCUCGGACGGUGGGGCCUAGAGGGCUUGCGGAGCUGUGCGCCCGCAGCCGCCCCUCGUUUUCAGACGGCUGGUGAGCUCAGGUCUCUGAGGAUGAUGAUUUGAUCCUUAUGGCAGAAUUGUUUUGAAAAUACUUAAUAUGUUAGGUAAGGUAAAAGUUUUUAAAAAUUCUACUUAAUACACUGUUUGCCUACUUUUUUGUUCUAUCUUAUUAUGGUGUCAAAGAAAGCUAAAAAAUAAAAUAAAACCAAAAAAAUUGGUUUAAUAUGAGAAGUACUUGAAUUGGUUUUAUAUUUUAUAUUUUCAAGUUUAGUGCAUAAAGACUGCUCAGUGUAACUGUUUAUAUGGAUUUCAAUUAGACAUAAGCAUAUAAUAAAGUCUUCAAGUACUUGUA